AUGUCGGGUCUGGAGGUCGCCGGUUUGGUUCUGGGAGCCUUUCCCAUUGCAAUAGAGCUCCUCGGCAGAUACAAAGAAGUGGCCAGACGGCUUGGAUUCUGGUACAAGAUCGCAGCCGAGCACAAGAAGUGCGACUCACAGCUCAAAUUUCACCGACUUGUGUACGUGGGCAACUUGAAGAAACUGCUUCUACCGCUGGCAGGCCUCGAUGACACGCGCAUCGACGAGUUGUUGGACAAUCCGGGAGGCAAGAGUUGGACCGAGACCAGGACCGCAGAAAACCUUGAGAAACGCCUUGGCGACUCGCAUGAGAUCUAUCUGCAAUGA